CUUUGAAUGCCGCAGCCGCGGGAGCGCGGUGUGUUCUGUCUGUAGCCAUGGCCUUCUCCAGGGCUCCCCUACGGCGCUUCAACGAAGGCCCAGUGUGUACUCCCCUGCCAGCAUCUUCUGAUGUUAAAGCUUCUGAUGCACUGAAAAGUUCUCUGUCCUCUGAAACAUGCCAGCGGGUUAGGAAACAAAAGAGUGAGACAAAUCUGAACAGUGAGAAGAGUGCACCUACUCCUGUAACUGGGAGGAGACUUGCAUCUCUUGGAUCAACACCAGCUACUUGGACCCUGAAGCCUAAAAAAGAUGUUAUCCUCAUGAAAGAGAAAAAGAAACAGAAGGCACUGGAGAAGGAGAUUCGUGUAUUAGUGAGAGAACGUGGAGAGCAGGAUAAAAAACUUCAGGCUUUGGAUGAGGAUUUUGUUAAGACUGAAGCAAAGCUGAGUGCUGCAGUUCAGGAGAAAACAUCUCUUUUGGCAAAUGUUGCAUGCCUAAAGAAACAGCUUCUGGAACUAACAAGAACCAAUGAACUGCUGAAGUCAAAGCUGUCUGAAGAUGGUGUACAGAAGAAAAUGAGCAGCCUAUGCAUGGAGUUAAUGAAGCUGAGAAACAAGAGGGAUGCUAAGGAAAAGACUGCUCUUGCAAAACAGGAAAACAUGGAAAUGAAGCUGCAGGAAGUGCAAAGGAAUCUAGAGCAGUCAAAAGGAAAAGUGGCACAGUUAGAAGAAAAACUGUCUGCUAGUGAGAGAGAGAAAGUUGAAGAUAAGUCUGACAUUGAAAAACUUCUGGAAUAUAUCACAGAGCUCAGCAGUGUGGCAGAUGCAGUUGAGAAAUACAAACUAGAUAUUGCCCAGAUGGAGGAGACAGUGAUAAAGAAAGACCAAAAUAUCAAGAUCCUGAUGGAUACCCUCAGAAUAAAAGAGGAAGAAUCAUCUAAACUGAUAAAAGAACUUGAUGAAAGGUGUCAAUUGCUUGAACAAGAAAAAGAGAAAGAGUUGUCUGAGAGCAGAGGAAAAUUCCUGAGUAUGAUGGCUGAAAUAGAAGACCUGAAAAAAAAAUUGGGCUUAGGAGAACAGGAACACCAAACACUACUUCAAAAACAUCAUGAUGUGAUCUGUCAGCUGCAGCAAGAGAAGGAGCUGUCUUCAUCCAUGCACCAGAAGUUACUAGAGUUUCAAGAUGAGGUAACACGUGAAAGAUAUCUUCUUGAAGAAGAACUGAAUGUCACAAUGAACGAGCUGAAUAAAUUACAUGCUAAAGAGAAGAAAGCUGAAAAGUUGGUUAAGCAUUUGGAACAAGAAAUCAAAUCUCAAGCUUUUGAACUUUCACAGAUGGAAGUGAAGUUGAAAGGGAAGAAUGUGGAGUUGGAGCAAAUGAAGGAAACACACAGCAAUGCUGUUUUGCAAAUCCAAGAGGAGCAUAGCAAUACAUUGGGCAAACUUGGCAAGACUGUUGCAGAGUUCGAAAGCUACAAGAAGGCAACAGCUGAAGAAAUAUGCAAUCUUAAAUUAGAGAACACCACUCUGCAAGAAGAAGUUGCCAACCUAAAAAAAACAAGCCAAGAAAAUCUACAGCUGCUUCAGGAAGCAGAAUACACUAAAAAUAAAGCAAAAGAAGAAUGUGCAAGGAUGCUUUUAGAAGUCCAGACAAAGCUUGCAUUAAAAGAAGCAGAAACUGAGAGAACGAAAGAGUCUUGCCUUGCAGAAAUGACUAAACUUCAGGAAAAAAUGGAAGAGCAAACUGAAGAUCUGAAAAGAAAGCUAGAAAUGGAAAGAUCAAGGAAAACCAUAAAUGAAGAUGUGACCUCUGACUUGAAAGAAGAGAUAAAGACCUGGCGUAAUCUAUAUGAAGACUUGCAUAACAAAACCAAGCCUUUUCAGCAACAACUAGAUGCAUUUGAAGCAGAAAAGAAUGCACUCUUAAAUGAGCAUGGUGCAGCCCAAGAAGAACUGAAUAAACUAAGUAAUGCAUAUGCUAAACUACUUGGCCAUCAGAAUCAGAAGCAAAAAAUCAAGCAUGUUAUGAAGUUGAAGGAAGAGAAUACCCAUCUGAAGCAGGAUGUCUCAAAACUGCGUGCACUGUUAGCAAAAGAAAAGCAAAGCAACAGAGAUCUCCAGGAGCAACUGAAUGCAAUCCAGGGCAUUAGGCGUUUUGAUCCUUCCAAAGCUUUCCAGCAUGAUAGCAAGGAAAAUAUUCCUCCAAAAACUCCUUUUAAAGAAGGUAACAAAAACAAAAUUUAA